AUGCGUAACUCAACUAAAUGGGAUCAUGACAUGGACAAGCAGCUGAUUGUAGCCAUCCUGGCUACCAUCGAACGAGUCGACUAUGGUGCAAUCGCCGAACAGUUUGGAACUGGUAUCAAGGCCGAAGGUAUCAGGUCUCAUCUCCGCACCCUGAAAGCCCAGCAUGAGGCCAAGGCUUCUUCGUCCCCUACCCGCGAUGGAAAGGCCGGAAGCACCCCUCGCAAACGCAAGCCUGCCGCAUCUAGCAAGGCUGGGAAAGAUACCAUCAUCGAUGAACACGAGGAGGGAAUGGAGCCAAGCCCUGCAAAGCAGCACAAGAUGGUCACUGCGACUUCCGAACAGAAAUAG